GUAAACAAAACUGAUAUUUAUCUAUCAUCUCUUCCGACUCUUGUCACGCCUUCGAUUCUUUCUUAUCUCGACGAAAAAAAACCCUACUGCCAAAAAAAAAAAACAAAAACAAAAAAACUCUGUAUUCUCCGAUCUCUGGCGAGAAGAUAAAUCUGUGUUUCUGAGCUUCCUUCACCAUAUCUCCUCGCUUCGUUACGAUUUGGUUAAAAUCAUUGUUCUCUCAUCAACUGUUUUCUUGGCUGUAAUUUGGAGUUUUCUCUGUCUCAUCAAUGUGGUCGUGCUCUACUACGGCUUUACACAAUCAUUAGGCUUUUAAGUUCUUUCUAAGUAAUGCUCAUUUUCUCUUCCCUGUCUAUGGCUUUAUCUGCGAUCCUUCGAAAGCUUAGUGUCUUCGGCCCUGGUUUGAAUCCUUCUUUCCCUUACUGCAUCGCCAAUCACUCAUCUGCCUCCCGUUAAAUUGAGUUGCUCUGUUUCAACUGAAUUACAUUACUAGUCUGCUUUCUUACGGUGUCUUAGUCUGAAUAGUGGUGUUGCAAAUCAUCCUUAGCCUGGCCCUGAAGUAGUACCUUCUUUAGACAUUCUUGGGUGAGAGAGGUUUACACCAAUAUCAUGUAAAUCUGUCCCCUCAUAGAAUAAGUUUAUACUGCUGGCUGAGUUCUUUUGGAAUUCCCGUUUUGAUUAGUUUCUACCCGAGUCUCUUAGUCCUACAUAGAUCCGUAUCCUACUUUCGAAGCUUGUUCUUGUUUAGCUAGCUGUAGCUCAGACCCAAAAAUGCUCGAAGAACAGCCGGCUGCAUUCUCUCUCAGGCGUAAUUCAUUUAGACGCCGAUCUCCCAGAUCAAAUGUCGAUGACAGAGGCUGGAAUCCGCUCCACAUCAAAGCCAGAAAAGGCGAUCUGAAAUCCGUGAAACAGCUUCUCGACCAAGGGAUGGAUGUGAACGCUCUAGCAUGGGGACCGAAAUCAAAAGGUGUGAGUGCGCUUCACCUUGCAGCUGAGGGAGGUCACAUAGAAGUCAUGGAUUUGCUCCUUGAACGUGGGGCCAACAUCGAUGCCAAAACAUGGGGCUCGUGCGGGUGGACCCCUCUCCACGCUGCGGCCAAAGAGCGGAAGAGAGAAGCGGUCAAGUUUCUGGUGGAGAAUGGUGCCUUCUUAGCAGAUGAUAUAAGUGAUACAAGGUUUAAUCCGCCGGUGCAUUACUGUCACGGGCUUGAAUGGGCGUACGAGGAAAUGAAGAAGCUUAACAGCGAGUCUUCUUCAUCUGGUGGAGACACAUCUUCCAGUUCUGAGAACUGAACUUCUUGUUGUUUCUUGGUGUGUUUUGUUUUUCUCUCUAGUUGAGACACUUGUCAGAAAUGUUAUGGUUUUGUGUUUGAUCUUAUAAAUGAAACAUUGAAACUGCGGAGCCUUGUCUUACAAUAAUGUAAUCUUCUUUUGUGUGUUAUCUUCAGUUUGCGAACUUUA